GCCGAUCUCCCCGCGGGAGGCUGCACGAGCACAACGGUGCGGUCACGUGACGUGGAUGUUCGCGACCACACUCGACACAGCAGCGACAGAGGCCCGCCUGCACGGCUUCGACGAUAGCGGACAGUCACGGGACAGGCCGUGGAGGCUCCACGCUGCAGCAGACAGGACGCGGUUCCAGCGGCGGCGACAGGGCUGCGUUUCCGCGGGCGACUGGCUGUGACUGGCCCGACCACCCAUGUCAGGAACGCCGCCGACUAGCGCAAGGUACGCUGGCGCUCUCGACGACACCGCACCGCGCACCAACGUCGCCCCCGACAUGUCUGCCCGCCGCUCGCCAUGAGCAACGACGCGCCCGUCCCGAUCCCGGACGACGAGGUGGUCGCCCUCGCAAAGGCGGCCUUCAGCCACUCGCGCCAGGACAUCAGCCAGCGUGGCCCCGACGCCCCGCGCGAGGUGCAGCAGCAGCACACGGGCAUUACCAUCGACCUGGGCCACAAGAACAUCGCGCGCCUGCCGGACGAGGUCGUCGAUGUCAUCCGCCAGGAGAUCGAGAGGCUCGCCCUCUCGCACAACCUGCUGCAGACGCUGCCGUCGCGCCUGAUCGAGUGCCGCCGCCUGCGCUACCUCAACGUGCGCUACAAUGCCAUGCGCGAGAUUCCCAGCGCCAUUCUCGAGAUGACCUCGCUGGAGAUCCUGGACGUCAGCCGCAACAAGAUCCGCGCCGUCCCGCCGCAGAUUGUCAACCUGACCUCGCUCAAGGUGCUGGCCAUUGCCAAGAACAAGAUCGAGGAGCUGCCCGUGUCGCUGGGCGAGAUGAACACGCUGCAGGUCCUCAAGCUCGACAGCAACCCGCUGACCUUCCCGCCGCCCGACGUCUGCACCAUCCGCGACAACGCCCCCUCGCCGUCCAACGAGAACGAGCGCGAUGCCGUCAUCGCCACCCAGGUCAAGAAGUUCAUGCGUCAGCAGGCCUCCAAGCAGCGCCAGCGCGCCGAGCUCGAGCGCCUGCGCGUCGAGUCCUCCAGCGACGAGAGCUGGACCGAGAGCAACCCCGAAACGCCCCGCCCCAACAAGCGAGCUGCCGGUGCGCGCUUCCCCGUGCGGCCCAGCGUCAGCACCCUCGACGGCUUCGCAGAGGGCCGAGCAGACUCCCCAGGUCUCGCUGGCCCCCUUAUCCCCGGUGCUCCCCCCAUCCCCAGCCGAUCUCACUUUCGUGUGUCCUCGCAGACCAGCAAUAAUGGCACCAAGAUUCGACCUCCAAUCUCGCCCUUGGUCUUGACAAAUGGCUUGAAUGAGCGGAACAGAAGCCAGAGUGAGGGCGCUGGUCCGUCGACUCACCGUCAGAAGCGCAUGGGUAUCUACACCAACAAGCACCAGCCCUCGGAGCAGCUUGGCUCCGUCGACGAGCUGCGACGCACCAGCCAUUUCCGCGGUUUCAGCCAGGGCAUCGUCAUUCCUUCCAUCACAGCCAACGGUGUUUCUGGGCCUGCCACUGCCAUUGGCUACGGCGACACAGGAACGGUCAGGUCGCUGGCGAAUCGCCCGCUGUCUGACGUGCGAGAGCACAGGCGCGGAUCUCGUGCUCCUGACAUCGUUGUCGAGGCUGCCAGGAACUUUCUCUAUGCCAUAUCCCAGCUCCACGACUGCGUAUCUCAUAUGGUCCGUGCUAUCAAGCUGACGACGAGGCCAAAGGAGGCGCUUCGCCGAAAGGAAGACUUCUAUCGUCGCUUCUCGAGCGCCUAUCUCAACAUCAGGGCGCUGAGCGACGUUCUCAACAAAUUCGGCAGACUUGUCGAAGAGGACGAGGAGGAAGCACAGAGGCUCUCGAGGAGCGUGUACAUGUAUGCAUUACGAUGUCUGGAAUCGUUCAUGUCGAUCACCCUCUCUAUUGCAGAGAACCGUGUGGAGAUCACGCAAAAUGCGAACCCGCAGGUUCUACGGACGUUUCUAUUUCUUCAACAGGGCAGUUUGAUCGAAAUGAGGAAUGCUUGUUCGGUACUGGGGGCGCAAUUCAAGGAUACGCUUGAAAGCUCACGAAGACCAAGUGCGGCCGACGCACCUAGCACAGUACGCGCAAAGCCACGGGUUCGACGGUUCCCAACAUCGCCACCACAGCGAAGCCAAUACCAGGUGCCACCGCCAGUCAUCUUGCACAGCAAUGAGAACAGCCGGACAAACACAAUGAACAGCAUCAGCGCUGCUACGCCCAGAUCAGGGGAGUCUUUCUCGACUCUGGCUACGACAAUGACCCGGUCAAACACGAUGAACAGCAGCUUUGACGAGUCUGAUGAGGACGCUCAGUUCGACAAAGUCUACCAAAAGCUGAAGCACGCUAGCGAGAGCUGCAGAGCGGCCAUCCCCCAAGCCACACGUCUGCUGAGAGAGCAAUUCGACGCGUUGCGCCGGGACCUGGAUAACGACCAUCCUCGAAUCAAAGCACUUGCUAGCCUCAUUGAUAAGAGCAACGAGGUACAGCAGAUGACGAUUCCUCUUGCGAACCGCCUGUCGCAGAUGCAGCUAAAAGACAGUUACACUCGCAACCAGACGGACUUCUGGCAACAGUGCAUGGGUUUCAUCAAGGCUUGGGGUGAACUAGCCUCUGCGUACAAACAGCAAGGCAAGGAUCACAAGCUUCUGAGCUCUGAGCUGAAGCAGCUGUUGAAACCGCUCCACAUGACGGUCAAAGAGGCCAGUGCUGCCAUCUACAGUUCUCCAUGGUCGCACCUGACGUCCAACAACCCUACCUCAAUGGGUCCACCAUCGCUGUCAUCCAUCACAUCACGCACGCAACCCCCAAGGUUCCACAAUCGGCCAGGCCUAAGCGCUAGCGGGCAUCCUUCCUACCUCAGCAACAUCAACACCCAGGUCCCCACGGCGAACUCAAACUACUCGGCGCAACCCUACUCGACAGCAAGCCUACUGUCACAAGGGUCAGGUGGGUACGGUACCCCUGCAACACCACUAAGUGCUGCUCUCGGCGCCGCAGCGCAAGCCACGGUGCCAAACACGCCCAAGUUCCCGCCCGGCCACGGAUCCGGUACCCUCAAUGUCUUUGAACGAGCAGAUAGGCUGCUGAGCCAAACAUCGCGCCGCAUCUGAACACCCGCAUCCUGAGUACAUUUCCAGCCUCGGCACAUUCAUUCUUUAUAGCGUCUGCAUAGUGUUAUCAUCUGAGCCUUCUUUCCUACAUAGUCUGCACAUCUUAGCGACGGCGUUGUCCGGGUUCCACUCGUUUGCAUGGCAUAUUGGAUUGCAUAUUGUACCAGGUGUUUGUGGUUAUUGGGGUUUAUGGCAUGGCUGGAGUCUCGGCAAGACUAUAUGAAAGUAUGUAUAUGUAUGGCAUGAUCUUCUGACGCAUUUUCUGCACUGAUGUUACUGGAGACAUGGGUGAUGUGAUUGGUACUGAGUGGCAUCAUCCGACUUGACACUUCAUCUCUUAGUCUAUGACAUGGUUCUGUCGAAUACCUACGCAGCCCCGUCCCGAAC